CACACUUCAUUUCUGCGACAUCUAUCGCUGUCUCUACCUACAAUAUUCCUUUCACGCAUUCUCCACUUCAUUUGCCUGACAUAUUAGAGCGAUUCUUCCUGAAACCUAGGCAUUUUGCAUGGGAAGACACUCUUGCUGUCACAAACAGAAGCUGAGGAAAGGUCUGUGGUCGCCUGAGGAAGAUGAGAAACUUUUGAACUGCAUCACCAAAUUUGGACAUGGGUGUUGGAGCUCAGUCCCCAAGCUUGCAGGCUUGCAAAGAUGUGGGAAGAGUUGCCGGUUAAGGUGGACAAACUAUCUGAGGCCUGACUUGAAGAGAGGUGCAUUCUCCCAGCAGGAAGAGAGUUUGAUAAUUGAACUCCAUGCAGUUCUAGGCAACCGAUGGUCACAGAUUGCAGCACAUUUGCCUGGAAGGACCGACAACGAGAUAAAGAACUUAUGGAACUCCUGCAUAAAGAAGAAGCUCAGGCAAAAUGGGAUUGACCCCAAUACACAUAAGCCCCUCUCUAAGGUUGAAAACAAUGACCAAGUAAAGUUUCAUGCAAUCGGUGAAAGCAAUGAUGUAGCAUCUGUUGCAUCCACUACACCGAACCUUUCCCAGGCCAGUUCUACAAGUAGCAGCCAGAGUCUGAGAGUGACUUCAUUUCCAGAGCUCUCAAUCAGGAAGCCCGGUAUCGCUGAUGAUGGAAGCUUCAUCACCUGUUUUCAGCCUACAGAUAUGGCGGGCGACCUAUGCUUUCAGAAGUUGAAAUGUUCAACUACCAUGGGUCUAUCAGCAAGUUCAAAUACUGCUCUACAUCACAAUUGCAAUUGGAGUUCCUCAGAUAUCAGUCCAAAACAGGUCCAUUCAGCUCUGAAGCCCAAUAGACCCGCUGACAACUUUUAUUGCAAUAUCGAUGGCGAUAAUAGUAGCCACUGGAGCAGCAUUGUUAACUUGCAGAAUGAUCUAAUCUUUGAAAACUCUCCAAUCUCAUGGUUAUUGGCCGACUGUGGGAGAGUUGACAAAGAAACCGAGAUUCACCCAUCAGUGUGUGAUGCAGAAGUCGCGAAAUGGUUCGAAUAUCUCCACCACACUCCAUUUGUGUUAAACCUCUCACAAAGUGAAGCUUCUCAACUGGAGCACAGUGACGUGACACCAUCAGCAGGCACAUGCUCAGGGACUGGUGGUGGCUUGAUCAGCAAUUGCCCACACGAUCAGAUUCUGCAAGCGUCACCAGGUUCUGACACGUAUGGCAAGACUCUUCAAGUAAUUGCUGUUUCUUCAGGGCAAAAUCCGUCGUCUUCUUUGGAGCCUGUGAAGAACAAGUUUCAAGACAAGGAAGUAUGAACAAGAAAUCUCCAAACAACCCUCUUCUUCUUCCUUUUUUCCCUUUUUGGCAGGUGUGUGCAUUGUAAAUGGUAAUGAUGCAAUUCUUACCCUCUGUUUUUUUAUUCCCUUCUGUUUUACUGAACGUAUGAGAUUGAUCCCUAGGGCUUAAAUGUGUUCACCCAUUUGUGCAUCAAAUAUGUGUUAAAGUUGCAUCAUGAUUAUAAAUACCAUUCUUGUGCAA